GAGUGGUGGGAGGAGACAGGAAGAGGGUGGUGGCCGAUAGCUGGUCCUCUUUCUCCAACACCUAGCCUGAGACUUCGCGGCGCGGCUGCUAUCCUGAACUAGCUUGGUAAGGGUUGUGCCCCGAACCAGUGUAGAGAGACCUCGGACCAGCCGCCUUGAUGACAGCAUCCGCGUCCUCCUUUUCAUCAUCUCAGGGUGUCCAGCAGCCCUCCAUCUACAGCUUCUCCCAAAUAACCAGAAGCUUGUUUCUCAGCAAUGGUGUGGCCGCCAACAACAAACUCCUUCUGUCCAGCAAUCGCAUCACCGCCAUUGUCAAUGCCUCGGUGGAAGUGGUCAACGUAUUCUUCGAGGGCAUUCAGUACAUAAAGGUGCCUGUUACCGAUGCUCGUGACUCGCGUCUCUACGACUUUUUUGACCCCAUUGCUGAUCUUAUCCACACCAUCGAUAUGAGGCAGGGCCGCACGCUGCUGCACUGCGUGGCUGGAGUGAGCCGUUCCGCCUCACUGUGCCUUGCGUACCUCAUGAAAUACCACUCCAUGUCGCUGCUGGACGCCCAUACGUGGAUCAAGUCGCGCCGCCCCAUCAUCCGGCCCAACAACGGCUUUUGGGAACAGCUCAUCAAUUACGAAUUCAAGCUGUUUAAUAGCAAUACCGUGCGCAUGAUCAACUCGCUGGUAGGUAACAUCCCUGACAUCUAUGAGAAGGACCUACGUACGAUGAUAUCAAUGUAAGCCAUCCCGGCCAGCCCCUGACAUCUGCCAUCGAUCUUGCACCAAGACUGAACUUGAACACUGACAUUUUGUUAGUAAAGAAAACCGGAUGGUACCUUGUUAAAGGGCAAGAAAAAAGGGAGGGGGUUGGAGUUUUGAACGUAGUAAGCCUUACCUUAAUAGAAUUAAAUUCAUGAAACAUAAGAUGGUGAAAA